GGAACCAAAGGCUCUUGAGAGGCAGUUUUGGAGAUAGGGCAAGACGGGGGACCGCAGAUAAGACACAUCCUGCUCUGGAUCUACCCCCUUCCUCUUUCUGGCCACUCUACUGUCUACCACACAGAAGGGAGUAGCCAAAGGCAACCUUUAGGUGCAAGGCUCUUCCAGAGGAGUGAGACCACCAUGGCUCAGGAGAGGUUCUUCAUCCUGUUCCCACUACUGGUCCUGGUGCUGCUUGUGCUGGGCUGUGUCCAGCCUUCUCUGGCCAAGGAGUCACGGGACGAGAAGUUCCAGCGGCAGCACAUGGACCCGAACACCUCCACCGUCACCUCCGGCUACUGCAACCAAAUGAUGAAGCGCCGGAAUAUGACGGUUGGACGGUGCAAGCCAGUGAACACGUUUAUCCAUGAGCCUCUGCCAGAUGUCCAGGCUGUCUGCUUCCAGGGAAAUGUCCCCUGCAAGAACGGGCAGCCCAACUGCUACCAAAGCAGCUCCAAAAUGCGCAUCACUGACUGCCGCCUGAAGAAUGGCUCCAAAUACCCCAAAUGCGACUACCAGACCCAGCAGCUACAGAAAUCCAUCAUCGUGGCCUGUGAAGGGAAUCCAUACGUGCCAGUCCACUUUGACGGUUCUAUGUAGGUCUGCACCUGAGGCCAGAACAGCAAGAUGCCCCACCUCCCUUUUGUGGCACCUGCUUCUCCCCUCUCCCUUCCUUGUUCCGAGGGACAGAACUCCACUCAGGGCUCCUAUCCAAAACACACCCUUUUGUGGCACCUGCUUCUCCCCUCUCCCUUCCUUGUUCCGAGGGACAGAACUCCACUCAGGGCUCCUAUCCAAAACACACAGGGCUUGCCCCUGUGUGGUUUGGAGGGGGUGAAGGGAGCCCCAUGUGAACCACUUCACUGCUUCUUUCAAUAAAACACAGUUGCAACCA